CCAGAUGCCGGCCGGAGGCCUAGGCGUUUGUCCCGCUCGGUGAGCGAUAGUCCCGGCCCCCCUCCCCGCCCCGCCCCGCCCCGCCCGCCGGCGCCAUCGCCAUCGCCAUCGCCAUGCAGUAGCGCCGCUGCUCCUUGUGCGGCCCGAUCCCCAGCUCCCCCCGGGACACCAUGGACAACAAGUCGUUCGCCAUCGUGCUGGACGAGAUCAGGAAGGGUGUUCUCACGGAUCAAAAAAUAAAGGCGAUUGAAUAUGUACACGGAUAUUUUUCAAGUGAACAGAUAGUUGAGCUACUGAAGUAUUUUUCUUGGGCAGAACCACAACUAAAGGCUCUUAAAGCCCUCCAGCAUAAAAUGGUAGCCAUCCAUGUAUCUAAAGUAAUAAAUAUUCUCCAUUGUCUUACUUUCACAAAAGAUAAGCUCGUUGCCUUAGAGCUAAUAGCUUUGAACAUUAUUGAUCCUCAUAAUUAUCGACUGAUUGAAGAAAUUUUCCGGGUACACUUGCCAGAAAAGAAACGCUGCAAAAGAAUUCUAGAUCAGGCAUCGAAGGCAGGCUGCAAGGCUCCCCUUGCCAUGAGAUCUUCAUGUGGAAUGAUCCCAGGGAAUCCGUAUCCUAAAGGAAAACCCAGCAUAUUAAAUGGUUUGUUGGCAGCUCUUUCCGUGAAGAAAGAAAAUGAAGAAGGAUGCACUAUUAGCCGAGGAAUAGCAACCUGCAUCCUGGGACCCUCCAAACCAGCUCCAGUAACAUAUAAUCCUCACAAGCCUGUUCCGUACCCUAUACCUCCCUGCCAGCCACAUGCAACUAUCGCACCAAGUGCGUAUAACACCGCUGGCCUGGUCCCAAUGGGUGGUUUCAUGGCUCCUGUUGUAGCACCAGCUGCCUAUGCAGCACAACAAGCCUUUUCCCGGCCAGCCAGCCAGCUGAGUUACAACCCGUGUGCUGCCAACCUGCACACAGCUACAUUCUCACCCCAUGGAUCGUACCCGUCGGCUCCAGCCACACCCAUCGCCGUGCAGUCUCCUGCAAACCAGCCGGGCUAUGCCUCGGCACCCAGCACCCCGGCCUUCUCGCGCCUCGGCAUGUCCACCCCGGUCCCUCUGCCCGCCGGCACCUCCGCAGCUUCCUACCCUGAGUGCCAGAAUGUGCCCACCAUGGUGUCGGCAUCACCGCAGACCCCCCAGCCUCUGGGAGAGAUGAUAACAGUGAACACCUCGACCGUGGCAGGGCUGACGCCCAGUGGCAGCAACGUGAACUGCAGCCCCGCUGCCAUGCAACAAACCGGUUUAUCCUCAGGUUUUCCGACUAGUGAGUGUUCCAGCAACUCUCUGUGCACCGGCAACACGUUCCCAAAUCUCGUCUCCUUCCCAGGUAUCUCCAUGUUUUUCCAAAAUCAGACUCUAUCUGCUGCCACCCUGUCGGCACUCCAGGCUGGAAUGAGUGCUGCCAAUCUGCCCGGCCUUCAGUCCAUCGCGGCUGCAGCCACCCUGGCGGGGAUGCACUCCUCUGGAGCGGCUCCGUCUCUCUCUGCUCUGCACAACGGUCUGCUGGCAGCCAUGGGGCCGGGCCUGCAGCAGGUCAACCCAGCCGCUGGACCCCAGUCUGCUGCCGACGUCGCCUCCCUCCACGGGCUCCAGACCACGGCGUCCCUGGGCCCUCUCCAGUCAAACGCCACCUCCAACUCUCUCCCAGUGUGUCUGGCCGGAAUGCAUCCCGCCACAGCCUCACCCAUCGCGUUGCAAUCCAGCACUGCAUCUCCAGCAGGACUGCGAUCGACGGCUGCCUCCCCGGCUGCCCUGCAGGCUGCUGCCUCUCUCGCCGGACUGCACGCCGUGGCCGCCUCUCUCGCCAGGCUGUCGCCGGCUGCCGUCUCCCAGGCUGUCCUCGCCCCCGCCUCUGAGUACCAGCCCGCCGCCUGCUCCCCCUCUGGCCUGCAGCCCCCCAUGUCCUCCCUACCCGGCCUGCACCACGCCUCCUUCUCCAGGCUCCAGUCCUCGGCGCCGUUCUCCGGCCUCGACUCCAUCGUUGCGGCCGCCUCCCUGGCGGGGUUGCAGACGGUGACGAGCGGGGCGUCCCUCCCCAGCCUACAGUCGGCCGCUCCAGCCUCCGCUCUCCCUGGCCUGGAGUCCGCCAUGGCCGCAGUUUCCUCCCUGCCCGUACUCCAGUCCACUCUGGGGGCUGCCACCCUGCCCGGCCUCCAGUCACUGGGGGCCGGCUCCCUGCCCGGUAUACAGUCCGUGGUGGGUAGUCCUGCCCGCCCUGCCAUCCAAACCUCCUUUGCCGGACUCCAGACGGCCGGUGGUGCAAAUCCAGCAGCAACGAUGGAGCUGGCGUCCACUGUGGAUACAACAUCGUUGCCGGGGUUUCAGACCACCAUGGGGAGCACAUCACUCUCCGGGUUACAGUCUGCUACACAGUCCGCUCUACUACAGGCACAUUCAACUGGUUCUCUGGAGAACUUUCAAACUCAGGGCAGCAACAAUUAUGCGUGCUAUCCCUCUGGGCAUCCUACUCCGUACUCUCUUCAGCCCGGCCCUCCUUCUCAGCUUGGGUGGCAGUAAGGUGUUGUGCCAGUUGAACAUAUCCAGCUCUUUGGAGGGGGCGUGCAGCUGAAACUUGGUGAUCUUUUUUUAAAACAAUGAAUUUAAAGAUUUAAAAAAAAAA